AAUUUCAUUUCACACUCUUCUUUUGUCUUUCUCAUUUACUUUUCUCCUAUAAAAGUUAAUAACUCCUUGUCUCAAUUUCUUCCUGUUUUUUUGUGUCAUUUUCUUCCUAUCCUCUUUUCUAAACUAUGGCUGAUUCCAAAGAUUCCUUCAGGAUGGAACCCAAAUCUUCAUCUUCAUCCACAUCAACCACAACCUCAUCCUUACAAAAACAUCAUAGGACUUUUUUGAUGACUCAAAACAUCCUCAGAAUCUUAGUCAUUAUCCUCACUGCAGUUUCAAUUGUAGUUACAGUCACCAACAACCAAACCAUUACGCUGUACACUUUUCAGUUUGAAGCUCACUUUUAUUACUCUUCAUCUCUCAAGUUCUUUGUUGUUGCAAAUAGUGUGGUCUGUUUCUUGUCUGUGCUAUUACUUAUAUUCAAUCUUCUGAGGAGGAGGCAACAAACACUUCAACUAAAAGACUACUACUUCUUCCUGUUUUUAUUUGACUUGGUGAUGACGGUGUUGUUGAUAGCUGGAUGUGCAGCUGCCACAGCCAUUGGAUUUGUGGGACAGUAUGGAGAUGACCAUGUGGGUUGGAUUCCAAUAUGUGACAAUGUGAAAAAAUUCUGCAGAAUCAAUUUGGUUUCACUUUUGGUUUCAUAUUUGGCUUUUUUAGUCAAUUUGGGACUCACAGGUUUAAUAGCUUACAAAUGCACCACAUGAAUUUUCUCACUUUCACAUGUAUCUUAUCAAACAUGCUCCAUUCUCCAAUAGUUGUACCUAGUUAUGUCGUUUUGUAUGAAGUUUCUUAUAUGUAAUAAAACUUUAUUAUAGUAAAAAAUGUUGAGUUUGGUGUAUGGUUUUAAUUGCAAACAAAAUGCUAGUACAACACACAACUAACUUAUGAAGAAAGAAUUUA